AUGGGCAAGCCGGGGCUCGGCCUCUUCACCGGCCGCAGGAAGUCGCAGAGUAAUGUGCUGGACGACGCCGCCACCGCUGCGCCCGCCAGCCCCGAUGCUGCUGCUGCUGCUGCUGCGCCCGCGCCCGCGCCGCCCGCGGCCGACUCGGGCGGCUUCCGCCUCAUGAGCCGCCAGGAAGUCUCGGCGACGGCGGAGCGCCGCAAGACGAUGGAAAAGGAGAAGAAGAGCGCUUUUCCGCGAUUCUCGGGGUUUGGCAGCGGCGCCAACAAGGCCCGCAACCACUCAUUUGAAGAUGACUCUCCAGGGUCCUCGAAGCGUGACAGCAAGUCCAGCAGCGGGACGCAAUUUUCGGCCUCUCGUCCUUACAUUAACGGCCAGCAUGGGUCUACCUCGACCCUGCCGUCCUCGACCGACACAGGCUCCGACGACAACCUCUUUGCCAACGUCCCGCGCCCGCACGUCACCCAGCACAACAGCUCCCCUGGCUCGUAUUUCGCCUCCAAGAAGUCGCUGCCGGCCCUGCCCAAGUCUAGCGCAGGAGUACCGCCGUCCAAUAAUAGCAACAAUACCAAUACGAUGCCGAUGCCGUUCGGCUUUGGUAAGCGAGACCGCGCUAUGACAGCCUCGAGCUACGCCAGCACGGCGAUGCCGCCCAAGCUCGACCAGGACCUGUCCUUUGGGGAAGAGUCAUCGUUCGACGACAUCUUCAGCGGACUAAACCGCAAGUCGUCCCCUGAGAUGCAGCGACAGCCUGAGCCGACGGGCCGCUCGCUCCUUGCGGAAAAGCGCACAUUCCAGCCGGAGCCUAUCAAGGUCCUGCCACAGAAGCAUGUUGAGCCACCCCUAAGAAGUUGGGACAGCCGCGGUUCUGCCGACAACCUCAUGGACUCGCCGCGUUCAGACAACGACUCUCCGCCCGCACCGCCUGCACACAAGUACCAGCAGUACGCUCCCGUCUCCAUGGCUCCCGACAGCCCCGACCUGCAGUCGUCUGCUACCUUCCAGGACCGCAACGGCCACGCCGCCCGCGAGCCCUUUAUGCCGCGCGGAGGAGACAGCUCCCCUGAGCAACAACCCACGUCCAUCUCGACGUCGUCUGCCAACUCCUUCGAGACCCCCCUAUCAUCGCGAUCCGCCUCCACCAAUGCCACACCGAGGGCCCCGCUGCCGCCGUCGGCCAUUGCAUACGACGACAAUGACGAUGACAACAUGUUUGCGCCGCCGCCGUCCAAGCCGCUGGCAAAGACAUUGUCUGCACCCCGGCCUGCGCCUCCCGCCGUCAAGAACCCCCCUCGACCGGCCACUGCAGGCGGCUCGCGUGUCAUGUCACAGGCAGAGUUUCGUGAGUACCAGAAGAAGCAAGCCGCUGCACCACCGCCAGAGGAGAGCGACUCGGAGGAAGACUACGAGGACGAAGAAGACGCCAUCAAGAAGCGGGAAGAGGAAGAGGUACUCCGGCGGAAGAACCAGCAAAUGUCUUUCGCACGAGAAGCAAUGCGUCGCUCGACAACGGCACCGGCAGACCCCAACCGGCCAGAGAGCAUCAUCGACAAUGCUUUCAACUCGACCAUGGGCUUCCCGUCCGAGACUUCGAUGAAGGCCGACGAGUGGGAGGACGAGGAUGUUCCCCUUGGGAUUCUUCAACAGCACGGGUUCCCCAGCGCAGCACGCAGCCGGAUGCCCACCCAGCCUACCAAUGCGAUCCCGUCGUACUUUCCUGACCGUCCAGCCUCGGCUGGCGCCAUGGGUGGUAGCCGCGGACCGGCCCUCCCCGCCUUUGCCAGGAGACUGCCGAUGGACCCUCACGACUCCUUCAUUGGUGGUGGUCUGGUACACCACGCAAACCGUGAGUCGCUGGGCUUCAACAACUUCCCUCGCGGCCCACAAUCCGUCGCUGGCGAUGCCAUGGGUGGAGGCUACGGGCAAAGUCCCAUGGGCCCACCGCCGCCGCUCAUGUACCAGGACGCUGGCAUGGCAGCACCCUCUCUCGUGGAUCAGAUUCAGAUGCGCGACAUGUCCAAGAAGAAGUACCUGGGUGGUGCAUCUACCAAGAAGCCCGCGGAGGGUCCAUUCACCGGCAUGCUCGGACAGCAGAUGAACGCCCAGGGACAAGUCCAGAACCCAAUGCGCAUGUCCCAUAUGCCCACGAUGAACGGUAUGAAUGGUAUGAAUGGCAUGAACGGUAUGAAUGGCAUGAACGGCAUGAACGGCAUGAACCCCAUGAUGAUGGGUGGUGCCAUGAACUCCCCCGGCCAGAUGCCCAUGAUGGGCAUGGGCAUGGGUCAGAUGGGAUACACACCGCAGCAGCAAGAGUUUAUGCAGAUGCAGAUGCAGUACCAGCAGAUGCAGCAAAUGAUGGCCAUGCAGCAGAUGCAGUACCAGCAAAUGCAACAGCAGCAACAGCAACAAGACCCGCGGAUGUCAAUGGCAAUGCCAAACAGCAUGUUCAACAACGGCAUGAUGGGGCAGGGUCAGAACAUGAUGGGCAACAACUCGUUCCUGAGUGUGCCAGGCAUGCAGAAUGGUAUGCAACCUCCAAACAACCGGGCCAUGUCCAUAAUGUCCUCUUCGCAGCGCCCAUUUACCACGUUCGGCGGAGGCAUGAACAAUGGCAUGGCCAUGGGCCCCGGCCCGGGCUACACGCCCAGCAUUGCCCCCUCCGAGCGUUCAAACAUUGGUCUUUCAGCGCGCUACAGACCAGUCACUAACCACUCGGACGCAGUCUCGAAUGGCACAAGCAUGACGCUGCAGGCCACAUCUGGCGGCGCCAACAAGCCCGGCGCCAUCAAGGGCAUCCUCAAGAAGAGCCCGCAGAUCAACGUCGACGAAAAGGACGACGAGGAGGACUGGGGCUCCAUGGCCGCCCGCAAGAGCAAGUUCGGCAAGGGCAAGGAGAACGCGACCGCCGGCCUGGAAGACCUGACGCGCGGCCUGAACAUCUGA